AGUCCUCCAUCUGCUCGCACAACACCUCCAAUUUCAUAAAAAAACUCAUUUGUUAUUCAACAAUUUGACACAUGCUCUACCUCAGUCUCUCUGGUGAUUAUCUCUUCAUUUUCCGGACAAUUUAGAUCUGCUAUUUCUUCCAACUAUUCAGAUUUUUCAAGAUGUGCGUGGAACCAGUUGUGAGCUCGUGGGUGUAAAGUGACAAUUCGUGUGGAUCUUCUUGAUCAAUUGAAUCUGCAGAAUAAUGAGGGUAUUUUGUAUCAUCUCACUGCUGGUGAUAGUGAAUAGUAGCAAGGGAGAAUGGCGUCCCUGUGUGGAGUUGAAACGAGACAUUCAGAUAGCUUGCAAGUGCUCACAAUCCCCGGAACGGCCGCGUUUCCUCAGAAUGGAUUGCGAUCGAGUGAUCUUCACACGAGAGAAUCUCGAUCUACUCCGAGAUCAGCCAAUUAUCUCAAUCACACAGAGAAAUGCUGGUUACCACAAAUUACCGGAGGAUCUUCUGAAUGCAGGUCUGGAACUUGAGAAGCUCGAUCUCACCGGUAAUUCAAUCCAUCGACUGAUGGAUCGACAUUUGCAGGCGCAAAGUACUCUCAAGGAAUUGAGACUUGGAGAGAAUCACCUGGGAAAUAAUUUGAACCCAAUAUUUUCAAGUAAUGAGUUCAGAGAUCUCAAGGAAUUGCGAUUACUGGAUCUUCACGGCAAUGGACUCAUGAGUAUCGAAGAGGGAAUUUUUAAAGGAUGCCAACAACUUGAAGAACUCUAUUUAGAUGAUAAUAAUUUAGUCUCGGUACCGGCCAACUCGUUGAAAGGCCCCAGAGCUAUUCGGAGCCUUUCACUGUCGGGAAAUAAUAUCGGAUCUUUACCGCGAGGCGCAUUCGGCACUCUCGGAGAAUCUCUAAUUCGAAUAGAUUUAAGCCGUAAUGAGCUUUCUCAUAUGGAGGACAACGCCCUGAUUGGAUUACACCACAUCCUUUUCUUCAACCUCUCCCGCAACGAUCUGACCCGUUUCAACAGUGACGUCUUCAAGGGUGCUUACAACUUGCUGCAAUUGGAUUUAUCUGUGAACUUUCUCCAGGAAUUCCCGAGUGAUGCACUGAGACAUUUAGAGAGAUUGAAGUUUCUCAAUAUAUCCAAUAAUUUAAUCACUGGAAUCGAGAGGAAUCACUUAUCCGGUUUGAGAGAGCUACAAGUGCUGGAUCUUAGCAGAAACAACAUAGGACGACUUGGAAUUAAUACAUUCUCCAAUUUGACGGCCCUCACGCGACUGGACUUGUCACUCAAUGCUCUCAGAACGGUCGAAGAAUCAGCUUUCGAGGGUCUGGUGAACCUGAAAUGGCUCUCAUUACAGGACAACAAUAUCCUAUUGGUGCCGACCUCUGCAGUGAGCUAUCUGCCCUCUUUGACUCACCUACACGUAGAAUUCAACCGGAUUGCAGCUCUCUCCAACGACCUUCUGCGAUCUGUUGCCCCUAGUUUGGUAUCUCUCUCCAUCACCCGAAACCUCGUCCGAGAAAUUCCUGCACGAAUGUUUCUGAAUUUCGACAAACUCAUCAACAUCGAGCUGUCCGGUAACAUGCUUUCUUCGGUGAGUCCCCAGACUUUCGCCGGUCGUGAAGAUACUCUCCUAAAUCUUGACCUUUCGAAUAACAGACUUGUCUCUGUGGCACGUCUAUCAUUACGCAAUCUUGUGUCAUUGAAUCUGGCAUCAAACCAUCUGAAACAUCUAUCAGCAGAAACCUUAGGCUCAUUAUCAAAAUUGAAGUACUUGAACAUCAGCAACAAUCCUCUCCACAGCGCCUUUCCACCAGUUUUUCCUCUUUCUCUCGUGACUUUGGAUGCAUCCCGAACGGGUCUGAAAAUCCUGCCCCCAAUCCUUCUGGAUAAACUCGUUGCCUUGAGCAAAGUUCUCCUGUCCCACAAUCAUCUCCAGGAACUCGGGGAAAGGACCUUCCAACAUCUUUACAAUCUUACAACCAUAGACCUCUCCUACAACGUCAUCGAGCGCAUAGACAAUGCAGCAUUUGUUGGUCUCAUCAACCUGUAUGAACUCAAUUUAAAAGGCAAUCGCCUGACAUCAUUCGCAGGGGAGUUCUUCGACACCGGAACCGGUCUCGAGAUCAUCGAUCUCUCAGACAAUGCCAUUACUUACAUCUCUCCUACAAGUUUCGUUAUACACCCAAGGCUCAGGGAACUUCGAUUGAGUGGUAAUCGGUUCACCAGAUUUCCCAGUGAAUUCAUAAAGAAUCUACAGUUCCUCGAGUUCAUAGAUUUGUCGAGAAACUCUUUGAGAACAGUUGGAGAAUUCGCCUUUUCCCAAAUAGGAAGACUUCAAGAAUUGGAUUUGUCAAGGAAUCGAAUCGAGUCGAUCGAUGAACUGGCGUUCCACAAUUCUACGCAACUGCAAGUGAUCGACUUAUCAGAAAAUCUCUUGGAGAGCAUGAGCGAGAGAACAAUGGAGGGACUCCUAAGACUGGAUCAUCUGAAUCUUCGAAAUAACAAACUCAAAUCUCUUCCCGAAACAAUCUUCGAUCCUUCAAGAAUAAAGAGCGUCGAGAAGAUUGAUUUAUCUGGAAAUAAAUUCAAUGAGAUUCCAACACGAAGCCUUCAACGACAGUCGGCAUCGUUGAGCCACUUGGACAUGUCCAGGAACAAAGUGGCUGAAGUUUUUACUCAAGAUCUUAUAAACACACUCAAACAUUUGGAUCUAUCCCAUAAUUUGCUAAGCGAAAAUGCCAUCCGAGGAAUCCUAGGUGAGGCUAAGAUCCUUCGAUAUUUAAAUCUAGCUAACACAGGCGUCAAGAAUGUCACCCGAUUGGAGAUGCCAUUCCUCAAGUCCCUGAAUUUAUCUGGAAACGAGAUAACAGAACUUAAGCCCUCAGUAUUGGAACGAGCAACUCUACUCGGAACUCUAGAUCUUUCUCACAACAAUCUAGAAGACUUUACAAAUCUCGCCAUUACUUACAGAGCCCUUCCUGCUCUCAGACAUCUCGAUGUCUCUGGGAACAAACCGAGGAACCUCAACGAAACUUCAUUCGAUGGUCUUGAACGUCUUCGCUCAUUAAAGAUGUCCUCUCUACUUGACGUCACGAGAAUUGAAAAGACCGCCUUCAAAUCACUGAAUAAACUCCGAAUUCUGUCAGCUUAUGAUUACCCUCGUCUUGGAUACUUCGAUGUUCAGGGAAUUCUCAAAGAAAUGCACAACCUCGAAACCCUAGACAUUGAAAUCAAAGAUUCGUCAGCUGGUAAUGAUCUUUUGUCCAUUCGCUCGCAUCCUCGAUUGACGGAAUUAAUCUUGCGAGGCGAUCGGUUAAAAACCGUGCAGUCAAGUGCUUUAGUCGGUGUCAGGUCGUCGCAUCUACAUCUUGGACUUAAGAACUCCUCCAUUGAUAAUCUCCCUGCUGCUCUGUUCUUCCCAGUGCCCAGGAUGACUCAAGUAACUCUGGACAUUUCAGCAAGUAAAUUUACAACAAUAUCUCCUGGAUUACUCGCUGCCCUCGAUGAACGAAGUGGAAUGGUGAAGAUCAAGGGUUUGGAAUCAAAUCCUAUAAAUUGCGAUUGCGGCGCUAAGCACUUGUGGAGGUGGUUACGAAUGUCCACUGAUGAAUUCAGUGGCCGAUGUUCAGCUCCUGAACAUCUGCUCGGAAGAUUCUUGAUAGAUUUAACAGAGGAGAUGCUGUCUUGUGAGCUGUCGACCUCCACAAAGAUCCCAUCAACAGAGACAACUCCAUCAACAAGGAGUUUUACACUUUCUUCAGAGCCUGAGAUUAUUUGGACAGUUGCUCCAACGAUCGGAGGAACAAGAAACAAAAACUAUCCAGACGUUGGAACGUCGAGUUCGUCGAGCACUGAUGAUACUUUAAUAAUUGGAAUAGUGGGUGGAGUGGUUGCCUUCAUUGCCAUUGUCGUUAUAAUCAUCUGCAUUUGCAGGAUGAGGUGGUCGGGUCAGACCAAUGACGCCAGAAUGGCAGCUAUGGCAUCAAGCAUUCAUGAUGCUAACACUGUUAUGAGACCUGGAAGUGUUUAUUCCGGAAAAAUGAAUCACGAAGGAUUCGUCGGUUCGUACAAUGGUUCUACUCUUGGACAGGGCAAUGGAAGUGUCACACCUGUGCACAUGAUGCCUUUUGUACAACCAAUGCAUGUUGUACAUUCGAUGCAUGGCACCCCACCACAGCCUAUCUAUGGAUAUUAUGGUGGAGAUAGUGCUCCUGUUUCCAUGUACAUGUGUGCUCCUGAUGACAAGUUUGCUAGAUAGUUCGAUGUCACUGGAACAAAGAUUUUCUUAUUACUGUUGCAUUUACGUUUACAGUUCACCUUUGUAAAUAUACGUAUGAUAUUUUAUUUAUACGAUGAUACUUACCUUGUGUAAUUAAAAAUAUUUCCUUCUUACAACUGUCGCGUCUUUUUUUCAUUAAUAUAAGAUAAACAUGCUGUACUCGUGUAGUUACGUGUUCAUGUACAAUCGGCGAUUUAGCGCAAAAACAGUUUUAACGUAUAAAUAUUUUUAUAAGAGGCAAGAGAAAAUAAAGUCAUUUUUGUUGAUAA